CACCUCUGUGCAGCAUCCGGGCUCUGAUUGGUCCAUCACCCAGUGGCCUAUAAACCACAUUGGCUGAUCCCAAGUCAGCUGCUGCGGACCUGACAGAGGACAGGAGGGAGACACAGAGACAGAGAUGUUGGGAUAAAAGCGGCGGCUCAGCAGCAGCGGGACUCAGCUGGAUCCACGGAACCUGAACGAACCACAGACCGGAUCCUGCCCGACUCUACCGGACCCACCUGCCCGGCGCGGAGCGACUCUGCCCGGCCUGACGUGCCGCUGCGGCUCGGAGCGGCGGAGCAGGAGGAGCUGCAGGCGGAGGAGCAAGCCGUAGAUGUGACCCGCCUCCUCUGACCCUCUGGAGGAAGUUGUCACCACAAUUGAAUCAACACUUCCCCUCAGCUCCGCCCCCAGUGCACCAUGGGAUUUGCAGUCCUUUCCACUCUCCUCCUGUCCCUGGUGACAUCAUCAGUGUGUGCUGCAGUGGGCGGGGCCAGUCUGGGUGGUGCCGUGCUGUGUCCUCUGCAGUGUGUGUGUGAGACGAGACCCUGGUACACGCCACAGUCUGUGUAUCACCAGGCCAGGACGGUCGACUGUAACGAGCUCCACCUGCACAGAGUCCCCGCCAACAUGUCAGCUGACACACAGGUGCUGCUGCUGCAGAGUAACAACAUCUCCUCCAUCACCACUGAACUGCAGAGUCUCACCAACCUGACAGAACUGGACCUGUCACAGAACCACUUCACACAGGUGAGCUCUAUGGGUCUGUCCUCUCUGGGCCGGUUGGUGACUCUGUACCUGGAGGAGAACCACAUUGAGGAGUUGGAGGACUUCAGUCUGAGGAACCUGUCCAGUCUGGAGGAGCUCUACAUCAACCACAACCACAUCUCCUCCAUCGGACCCAAAGCCUUCGCUGGACUCACCAACCUGCUGCGGCUCCACCUGAACUCCAACCGGCUGGUGGCCAUUGACAGUCGCUGGUUCGAGUCCCUGCCGUCCCUGGAGAUCUUGAUGAUCGGCGAGAACCCGAUCCUGGGUCUGGAGGAGAAGAACUUCCUGCCUCUGUCCCGCCUUCACAGCCUGGUGCUGGCUGGGAUGGGUCUGGUCUCCGUCCCCGCCGCCGCCUUCCUGGGCCUCGACUACCUGGAGAGCCUCUCCUUCUACGACAACAGGCUCAGGUCGGUUCCUCGGGACGCUCUGAGCAUGCUCCCUAACCUCAAGUUCCUGGACCUGAACAGGAACCCGAUCAGCCGAGUCCAGCAGGGAGACUUCCAGAACCUUCAGCACCUGGAGGAGCUCAGUCUGAACAACAUGGAGGAGCUGCUGAUGGUGGAGCGAGCUGCUUUCCAGAACCUUCCAGAAAUCGCCAAACUGGAGCUCUGCAGUAACCCACAGCUGUCCUACAUCGACCCGCAGGCCUUCAGUGAGCUCUCCUCCCUGCGGACGCUCCUCCUCCACAGUAACCAGCUGAGCCUCCUCUCUGGAGACGUCCUGUCCUCCCUGCCGUCCCUGGAGGAGGUGUCUCUCCAUUCGAACCCUCUGCGCUGUGACUGUCUCUCCUCCUGGGGGCCUCACUUCGGCAACCAGUCGCACCUCAAGAUGCUGGAGUCCUCCAUCACGCUCUGCUCCUCCCCGCCUCACCUGGUUGGUCGAGAGCUGCAGGAGGUGGUGGGGGUCGGAUGGGGCGGGGGCGGAGCUAACAGCUGCCUGCCUCACAUCGCUCCUCACGCCUUCCCUUCCACCAUGAACGUCAGCGCCGGGCAGCCAAUCACACUGGAGUGCUGGGCGGACGCUGACCCCGCCCCCCAGUUCUACUGGGUGACGCCCACUGGAGACAAGGUGAGCUCUGAGGCCAUGGCUGCACCAAUCAUAUCAGAGGAGGGGCGUGGCCUGAGCAGGAAGAAGAAGAAGCAUCGAAUGUCAGAGCCUGGAGCGUUGGUGAUCGAACACGCCGAGCCGUCAGACACAGGUGUGUACACCUGUGUGGCGUGGAACACGGAGGGCGCAGACACGAAGAGCGUCUCAGUGUUCGUGGACUAUCAGGGGUCAGUGGGCUUGUGGUUGGGCGGGGGGACGAGGUGGGGUGGUGAGCCCAGCAGAGAGCAGCCCUGGCUGGGGAACUCGUCCAGCGCUGCAGCCUCUCUGGUGGUGCUGGCGAAGGUGGUGCACGCCCAGUCGGUGGUGCUGGAGUGGAAGUUGUAUCCCAGCGGAGGAGCUUCGUCUGCAGGAGAGAACCAACAGGACGCCCCCCUCCCUCUGACCCGGUGGAGCAGCGCCACCGUGCACAUCGACAACCCUCAGAUCAGCUACACCGCCAAGGUCCCAGUGGACGUUCAGGAGUAUAACCUGACUCACCUCCUUCCUGCCACUGAGUACCACGUCUGCCUCACCGUCUACUCCUCCUCCCCCUUACCCUCCUCUUCCUCCCCCAGCUCCUCCCCCACUCCCAUCACUCCCUCCUCUCCCUCCUCCCCCAUCCACACUUCCUGUCUGAACGUCACCACUAAGGAGGCGGGUUUCUCAGUGGAGUUGGUGGCGUCCCGGCGCAGCAGCGUGGCGUUGGCGGCGGUGAUGGGCUCCAUGUUUGCUCUGUCCAUCAUGGCGCUGCUGGUGGUGUAUAUGGGCCGCCGCGUGCAGCAGCACAAGUCCUGCGGACACUCGCUGAAGAAGUACAUGCAGCACGCCACCUCCAUCCCCCUGAACGAGCUGUACCCGCCACUCAUCACGCUGUGGGAGAGCGAGGCUGAGAAGGACAAGGAGGACAAGGAGCAGGAGGAGAGGGAGGCGGGGGAGAGGGGGGAGGAGGCAGGGGGGAGUCAGAUCGACACCACAAAGACUUACAUGUGGUAG